UUUUACAACUCUACCUGCGAGGGCGGCUUGGAGGAAUUCUUGUUCCCGUAAUAAAAACAAAUUUAACGAAAUUGGAACAGAAUGAACACCAACCCGGAGGAUAAAACGAUAAUAGCAUGCAGCAACAUUAACGAUGAUCUGCCUUAUUUCACCGAAAAGUUCCCGGGAAAGGUUUGCUGCCUAUGCAAUCUUGGCGAGAAAAGUGCCUUGGGACAGGGCGUAAUCGUUCAAUUGACAGUGAAAAGUGAUUUCAAGCAUCCAGAUAGGGAAAAUAAUGAAGAACGCAAGUUCAAUUAUGGGACUAGGCAACAACCAACCAGUGUUAGCACAGGAGAAUGCAACUAUGAAUUGGACAAAAUUGGGCAUUCCGAGAUUGUUCAUCCGUCCGCUUUUCACGAGGACGGUUUUGUAUAUGUUCACAGAAUGUGUUUGAUGUGGUCACUGCGCAAAACCCAAAUAACCGAAACGGAUGUUAAUCAGUUUCUAACACUUAUGGGUGAAGUCUUGGAACAGAAAUGUGUUUUCUGCAGUCAAUAUGGAGCAUCCAUUAAUUGCAAGAUGAAUUGUCGCACAGUGCACCAUUAUCCGUGUGCUGCAGCCGCCGGUUGCCUGCUAAUCUUGGAAAGCUUUACAGUGUUUUGUACAGAACAUUUGAGUCAAGUGCCUCUUAUAUGCAGUGAUAAUAAUGUGGAAUGCUUGUCAUGCUCCUCAUUGGGCGACUUAUCCAAAUUGAUUAUGUGCAGUUCAUGUGGAGACCAUUUCCAUUCAACUUGCAUUGGCUUGGCCAAUUUGCCAGAUACACGUUCCGGUUGGUGUUGCGCCCGCUGUACAAAAUGUCAAAUUUGCAGACAACAAGAUUCAAAUGACAUUAAAUUCGUCAAGUGUGAACAAUGCCAAAAAAUUUACCACGCCUCAUGUCUGAGACCAGUCAUAUCAUCAAUUCCAAAAUAUGGCUGGAAAUGUAAUCGAUGUCGCGUUUGUACAGACUGUGGAUCAAGAACACCGGGUGGUGGCAGCUCCUCUCGAUGGCAUAGUCAUUACACAAUUUGUGACUCCUGUUAUCAGCAGCGUAACAAAGGAUUCUCAUGCCCCAUUUGCCAAAAGGCAUACAGAGCUGCCUCCCAUAAGGAAAUGGUCAAAUGCAGCUGGUGCCACAAGUUUGUGCAUAGUACCUGUGACGAGGAAGCCGACUUGAUGGCAUAUCACAAGAAAAAAGAACAGAAUCCAGACUAUGAUUAUGUUUGUCCAAAUUGUAAAACUAAUUCCACAAGACCGCCACAAUCGCAAUUAACUGAGACGAUAGACAUGGCCUUAUCCGAAAGCCAAACAUCGGAUACUCAACUAAUGGUGAAAGACAUUGAAAUGGAUCCAUUAGAGGGAAGACCUACAACCAACGAUGUAAUAAGUGAAGAAAACCACAAACAACCGCCUGGAGCUAAGAAGAAAGUCUGUUUCUCGAAUCUCCGGGGCAAGGGGACAAAAUUCAUGCUACAGCGAAUGGGAGUAAUGUCCCAAAUAAGCAAGAAACGUAGCACACGGGGGAAAGGACGCCAAAUGGUUUUGGCAAGUAACUCAUCCGAUCGUUAUGUCAAUCGAAAUGUUGAUCCCGAUUUUGGGAGCGAUAAGAAAAUGUUGCUUUGCUCAGCGCGUGACAAAUUCAUAUUGGCUCAGGAUAUAUGCGUGAUGUGCGGUUCCUUGGGCAUUGAAAGUGAUGCUGUGAUGAUCACGUGUGCCCAAUGCGGACAAUGCUACCAUCCAUACUGUGCCAGUGUAAAGCCGUCAAAGGGAAUACUGCAAAAGGGAUGGCGCUGCUUGGACUGCACCGUGUGCGAGGGUUGUGGCAAAAAGAAUGACGAAGCGCGCUUACUCCUGUGCGAUGAGUGUGAUAUAUCGUAUCACAUUUAUUGUGUGAAUCCCCCACUCGAGACAGUGCCCCAGGGCACUUGGAAAUGCUCGUUUUGUACAAUGUGUCAGAAAUGCGGUCGCAAUCCCACAGAGAAAUCUGAUAACGUUGACUCCAAUAUGUCGGAAUGUCCACCUUGUGCCAGUCAAACAGCUUGCUCGGUUUGCACCAAUCCCUAUGCGAACGGUGAGAUGAUAAUUCAGUGUGAAAAAUGUGAACAAUGGUCCCAUUUUCUUUGUGACUCUGUUAAUGCUCAACUCACCAUUGAUUACUAUGACAAAAAUAUAUAUAAGUGCCUGAAAUGUCGUAGCAAUGCGAAGCCACAGUUGUCGGCGGCAACAUCAGAUACCAAUAUAGCAGGCAAUGAGGAUAUCAAACCGGCGACGGGUCACAAACUACAGACACAGAUGUCCUCCACAGGAUCGGUUAUCGAUGGCGGCAAGGCUGGAGCAAGUGGCUUGGAUAGGAAUGUUAUGCUAUCAAGUGAAAUAAACGAAAGUCCUGAGGCUAUUCACUGGAUUGAUGGCGUGUGCCUUAGCGAAAACGGAUUGAACAUGAUCAAAUCACUAUCUACCGAGAUAAAACGGAAGCGAAAAAUGCGUCAACCCAUGGGCAAAGAUGGUCAGCUAGAUACCACAACUCCGGAUGAAGUACCGAAUGACAAAUACAAGGACGGAAUGAUUUGGGAUGGUACUGAGGCGACAUUACCGGAAGGCUUUUCCAUAUCAACAAACGACGAGGGUGUUCACAUUUUGCGAAAAAAGCGACAACGGAAUUUACAAAAAUUGGGCAUCGGUGGAUUUUCUGUACGCAAUCGGGCUGUCAAAAAAGAUAAUGAGGAGACCACUGUUGAUCCUAUAAAUUCUGGUGUUGGCAUGGACAAGAAGAAGAAAAUAAUUCGUAAAAAACAGAAAAAUAAACUAAUUGAAGCCUAUCCAGCUUACCUGCAGGAGGCAUUCUUUGGCAAGCCUCUACUAGAGUCGGGAGAAACUGUCCAAUAUGAAUCAGAGUCAUCGGAUGAAAUAGACACAUCAAUGAAAAUGUAUUUUACCCGACCCGAUACCAAGACACCCGAAACUGAGACAUUGCCGGCCAUUAAGAGUCCCGCCAAGACGUUAAAGAAAGUCAAACAAGAAAAGACUAUUCCGGAUACUAAACCACCAGCCUUUGCUGAGCAAUAUUCAGUUGUCAGCCAUUCGAUGGUCACUCAGGCAUCAACACCAACUAACCUAUUUGAUUCUACUAACCCAGGAGAGAUACCACCAACUCCUGCUCCAAUCAGGCACACUAUGGAAGCAAUGGCUCCACAAAAUAUGUCUGAAGUGGAUGGAACAAACACAUCAGUUAAAUUUCUACCAUCUUCUGAUAAUAUGGAAAAACCAUUGGGGGAUGCACCGGUUGUGAAAAUUGAAAAUUAUAGUGUCACUCAACAGGUUGGACCACCUGAACAAAAGUUUCAUGGUCACUUGUACAUGCCGGCGAAUAUCACGACUAAUUCUCCACAGCAUCAGCUUCAUUACCAGCAGCAGCAGCAGCCACCGGAUACUUUAAUACAACAGAAUAGACAGAAUAUACCAACAAUGAUUGGUCAAGGGCAAGUCUAUAUGCAGGGUGAGAUUAAAAGAGUUGAAGAGGUCUCGAAACCAAAUGAUAUUGCACCAGAAGGACUUAAUGCGGGAACUCAAAAAACUGCCGAGAAAAUGCGUAAAGAUGAGGAUCUUGGCUUGAUGGCAACUAUAUCGGCUGUUCUUUAUGCCAAUACGGAGCAUGCUAAUCUUAAGGAAUUAUUUCCCAACUGGAAUGAUCGUUGCAAGCAGAUUCUAAAGAGAUGGCGAUCACUUUGCAACGAAAAGAAGGCACCGUUCCUACAGAAGGCAAAAGAUAAUCGAUCUGCUUUACGACAGAGGCGAGAGCAGAGCAAAAUCACCGUACCGCAGAAAGCACCACCAAAGCAGGAGCAGGAUUUAUCGCGUACAUGGAAACAGCAGCAUCCAAGUGGUAAACUGAAACAGGAACAGUCGAAUAUGUUUGUCAGCUACAGUAAUCCUAUUCAAUACGACAAUACAAUGUGCUACGUGGGUCCGGUGGCUACAACACCAACUACACCGCAAGCCACGCAUGUUUCGCCACUGAUAAACGACAAUAUGAUGGUCAAGGCAGCAUCUAGCACAUCCAUCAAAGUGGUCAGCACUAGUGACAAUCGUCUCGAACUAAACUCAGUAUAUGGCACAGAGCCAAUUGGUGACAAAAAGCUGAGAAACCUAUUGCAGAAAACCAACUCUGAGCCAAUGUUAAUGGGCAACAAUUCCGAACUUUUUAUGCAAAAUGAUGUUUUAAGGCUUGGCGGUCUAAUGGCGAAUCCAGCAUUGAUACAAAAUAAUCCAAUGUUAAGUACUAGUGGAAAAUCACAACUACUAGAAGGCAGGACCUUGGAGCAGGAUGUAAAAAAUCAUCCGGAUCUAAAAAUGUCCGAGUCACAGGAAGGCAUUUCAUCAUCUGCAGUUGAACUGGAGAAUGUUGGUUUCGGCGACAUAUUGGGUGGUCUUGGUGAGGGCGAUGAUGAUGAUCUAUUAAAAUCAUUGACAUCCGAAAUUGGCGAUGACUUUAAUAUUUUGGAGUAUGCAGACACAGAGCUUGAUGUCAAUGUACUGAACACCUUGGACUUUGAGGACAAUGAGAAAUGCUCAAAUUGAAUUUUAAAACGGAGUACAAACAACUUAAUUUCAUGCAAAAACAAAAAAAGAAAAUAAUUAUUGAUGCAAUUAAAAAUAAAAGGAAAUAUAAUAUCCUUGUUAUUAGCAACUAAUUUUUAAAAUAAAAAUA